AUGUUGAAGUCUCCUGGCACCAUGACUGCACUGCAGCUAGGCCGCGUCCGUCGCACCCGCGGCCGCGUCCCGCGCACCUCUCACCCGCGCGCGUUCCCACCGCGCCGCGCCCCCCGCAGGAACGUGUUCCCGCUCGAGCCCAAGUCGAACCGCGCUGUGGGCGCGAAGAUUGCCCUGGACCAACUAACGUGGUCUCCCUUCUGGACGGCGGUCUUCCUGACCUUCCUGCGCAUCCUCGGCGGCGCGGACGUGCAGUCCGCGUGGGCCUCGAUCCAGUCCGCGUGGCUGCCGACCAUGCUCAUGUCGUACCGCGUCUGGCCGGCCGCCCAGCUCAUCUGCUUCAAGUGGGUGCCUAACGGGCAGCGCGUGCUCUUCAACCAAGUCGUCUCGCUCCUCUGGGUCGUCUACGUGUCCUCCACGGUCACGACCGCCACCGCGAACGCGCCCCCGGCCCCGGAGGUCGCCGAGGGCGCCCCGCAGGAGGUCAACAUCGAGGACCUGGGCGUGACGGGCGCGUAUCCGUCGCCCAUGAGCGACGCCGUCCUCGAGGGCCUGAACAGCGCGCUCGCGGACGCGCUCGCGACGACGAUCGGCGAGGCGGUCGCGGAGGGCGCGCACGACGUCGAGGACGCCGUCAGCAUCGCGGUGGGCGCGCUGUCGUCCGUGUCCGACCUGCACCUGCCGUGGGAGGAGGACCCGGACAACACCGUGGACUACGCCGGCACGACGGCGGCGUUCGCGGCCGUGAUCGGGGAGGCCACCCCCGAGGAGGCGCUCGCGGCGGACGAGGCGGCGGCGCGCGCGGCGCGGAUGAAUGCGCUGUGCGGCGGGUGGCUCGUGCAGGCGCCGGACGCGGAGAUCGAGGGGAUCUCGUACAACGACGACUGA